CCACUCAUCUAAAUGAUGGAAAGUAUUUCUUGCUGAACUGGAGAUUUUUGAUGGAGCAUACUGUCUAUGCUUCUGGUUGUGUAUGCGUUAUGGAUGCGGGUACCCAACCGGAGCAGGCACAGAGAAGUGCCAUCUAAAGGGCACAGGGAAUAGAGAACCUGCUUUAAAAUAAGACUGCAAAUUUUUCAUUUUUAGAUUAAAAAAAUGCUAUCAGAGCAGGAACUCUGACAGCUGUCAUCCCCGGAGGAGAAAACAACCUGUGGAAAAAAAGAAAAAAGGCAUUUAAUUUAAAGAAUGAUUUCAACAGAAGAAGGAUUAUAUAGAAAGUGGUUGUGAAUAAAUAGAAGAUAACAAAUAGAAAUGACAUUCUGGGAUUAUCUCCAGCAGGAGCAGGGAAGAUAGCUGGAUAGAUUUAUUUGAGAAAGUUGAAUAUAUUUCUUAAUAAGGCCAUAACACGCUUGCCUCUGAAAGCAGGAUCCAGCCCCAGUGAAUCUCAUAGAGAUCCCCACAGUCUUAUGCUAAACAGGAACUCAAGGGCACAGCGUGUAGCACUGGAUGAGAGGAACAGAAAACAUCUGUCGCUAUGCAAAUGCACACUGUAGUCAGUCCGGCCGAGGAGCGAUGUGUUUGGCUCUUUGAGGUGCUUCAGAGCCUGGCAAUAAACUGCCUCUGCCCUGCUGAACUGAGACCUUGCUUUCAGAGAUCAUCACAAAAGUGACGCUCUAAAUAAUUUUCUACAAAAUGGGUUACCCAAAAAAAAAUGUGAUUAACCUCCAGAUCGUAGCUGUAGUUCUCGGGAAUUGCGUGGAGUCCAUCACAAAAGUGGGGAACCUUUGCCCAGAGCAGGAAUAGAUGGAAGAGACCUGAGAAUUUUCCAAGCAGCUCAAUGUUGUGUUGUGCAACAAUCCAGGCUUUACCGGUUCUGUAAGAAGCUUCUUAAUUUAGACUUGGUCAGACUGAUGAGCUGUAAAUUUAAUGCCCACAAAGAUAAAUGCUAAGAAUUAGUUUUAUGUAAGGAAUUUUAGCACAUCAGAGCUCAAGAGGACUGAGACCCAUGUAAAGCAAAGGACUUUCCAUGCUUUCAAAUGCAAGCACAGAAUUCCCUUAAUCCACAAGUGCCUCAAUGAAAGAUGCAUCAGAAUGGCUGCCUUGCAGCAACAAGGCAAAACAAGCAAGCCUAACAAAUGGUGCUGCCUGUUGGCUAAACAUUGCCUAUGCUUUGUUCACAACAAACUGGUAGGCAGUGCAAAAUCACUCAAAGUUUUUAGCAGUUCAGGCUCAUUAUUUUUCCUUUCUCCGUGAAAGCCUGUGUGGGGGAAAGAAAUCCAUAUUAAAAUCAAUACUAAAAUAUUAAAAUAGCCCUGCCAUCUUUAACCAGUUUAUUCAUUUUUCAUCAGCAGAGCUCUGCACUAACUUCCCAUGAGCUCCAAGGCUUCUCAUAUCUCAUGAAAUCUAAAUGACAAACAGCAAAGCUUCUUGGGAGAAGAUUUUUAAGUCCAAAUAUUUUUUAUUAUUUCAAUUACUGGCAUGCACAUUUCAGAGAUUAAUGAAAGGGAUCUGGAAGUUUCUCUAUUACCAGCUUUUCUUUGCUGUCUGAACUAGCUGCAGGAGAUGGCUGGAACUGAUAAAUGGCUGCAACAGUUUGAAUGUGUACCAGGCAAGAUUUAUCAAUUGUGAAAUAUACAUACGCUGGAGAGCUGUGACGUGCUGGUCUCAGAUGUCUGUCGUGAGCUUUCUGUCUUCAGCUCUUGACCGGAUCAUUAUUCAUCAGCAGGUGGAGCUCCUUGAAGCCAUACUUGGCACAGAGACCUGCAGCAAGUAUGAGAUAAAAAACCAUCUGGGACAAAGAGUUUACUUUGCAGUGGAAGAAAAUGGUUGCUUCGAUCGGAACUUGUGUUCACCUAUAAGGUCUUUCACCAUAAGGAUCGCUGAUAAUUCUGGCCGAGAGGUGAUUACAGUGAAUAGACCCUUGAGAUGCAACAGCUGCUGGUUCCCUUGCUUCCUACAGGAGUUAGAAGUUCAGUCCCCACCAGGUACAGUAGCUGGUUACGUUGUACAGAACUGGGACCCAUUUCUGCCUAAGUUUACUAUAAAGAAUGAAAGUAAAGAAGAUGUACUAAAAAUAAUUGGCCCAUAUGCAACUUGUGGCUGUUUUGAAGAUGUUGACUUUGAGGUAAAAGCCCUCAAUGAAAUGUCAACGAUUGGCAAAAUUUCCAAGUACUGGUCUGGAUUUGUAAACAAUGUCUUUACCAACACUGCCAACUUUGGGAUCCAGGUCCCAGUAGAUCUUGACGUGAAAAUCAAGGCAGUGAUGAUUGGUGCAUGCUUUCUCAUUGACUUAAUGUUCUUUGAAAACUCUCUGGAUGGCUUAUAACAAGAUGACAGAAACAAUAAAAUAUGCAGAAUGUGUUUCAAAAUCUCUUGAGCUUUGGACAUGAUUUUGAACUGCACAAAUCCUUGUUCCUUAUAGGAAAAGAAAGGGAGCUAAUGAAGUUGUUUAUUAAAAUAUGUGUCUUGUAAAUAAUAAUUUCCCACUUACAUUUUACAUGCGCUGUAGCUAAACAUAUACUUUUCCCACAGAGCGCUGUUCCUUUGGAACAGUGCUAUUCUCUUCUUUCUCUUUUGAUCUUCCUGCAUGGGAAAUCAUGAAAGAUUAGACGAAGGCUUGCAGCGUCACUGAUGAAAGUCUCUGUUUAAAGAACCCUUUGAUGCUCUGUGAGUGCUGGUACCAGUUACUAACCACAUGAGGGUGUGUUGUGGGGGAUUUGGUUUUGCUUUUUCAUAAUUUUAGAAGUCAUUUUCUGAUUUGUUAUUUAAUUAAUAGUAACAAACUGAGUUUGAAAGCAACAAAUAUAAAGACAUCACCCAAUGGGAAGUUCAAGAUGGUAUCUAUUUCAGUGAGUUGAAAGAAAGGAAAUGAUGUUUGCUCACAAUUUAUUUUAUGGCAAAGAUUUAUUUAAUGAGCUGUGGCCAGAAAAUAGGCUUGCAACAGUAGCUGGGGGAACUUAAACUCCAUUCAGAAAAUCUGGACUUUUGCUGCCUGUAUUGAAGGCAGGCAGUGUGGUUUGAGAGAGUCCCCUCUGUGUGCACGAAUCACUUAACUUUUGAACUAUCUAAUGUGAAGCAUUUGUGCUCCUAUCCACUCAAGAGUUUCAUUAAAAGGUAUUUUCUUUUUUUGCUCUUCGUAAUAUCUGGUGGUUGAUAACUUCUCAGUCGGCCUUGCCUGAGGCCAUUUGAGAGCAAACACCUCCUUGGGACACAAAUAUCUUUUCUCUUUGGCAAGCUCAGGUAUUGUGUAUGGCAAGACUGUACAAUAAGAGUUUUCUCAGUUUCUGGUAAGUUUUACAUAACUGCUUAUUCCUACAGUCACAGUAUUUCAUAGUCCUGCUCCUAAGCGUUCAUGCCAACACAGGCUUUUAGGGACAACCUGGGAAUUAGGCCCAGCCAGCACAGAUUCAUGAAAGGCAGGUCCUGCUUGACCAACUUCAUCUCUUUCUUUGAUCAGGUGACCCACCUAGUAGGUAAGGGAAAAAAAGACUUUUGAUGUAGUCUACCCAGACUUUAGCAAAGCCUUUGACACUGUUUCCCACAGCAUUCUCCUGAAGGAGCUGGCAGCCCAUGGCUUGGACAAGUGUUCUCUUUUCUGGGUAAAAACUAGGCCCAGAAAAUGGUGGUGAAUGGCGUUAAAUUCAACUGUUGUCACUGAAGUCAGUACUGGGGCCAGCCCUGUUUAAUGCCUUUACUGAUUAUCUGGAUGAAGGGAUUGAAUGCAUCCUCAGUGUGUUUGCAGAUGACACUAAGUUGGGGGGGAAGUGUUCAUUUGCCUGAAGGUAGGAAGACCCUAUGGAGGGAUCUAGGUAGGCUGGUUUGAUAGACUGAGGCCAGCAUUCACUAUAUACAUGCAAGACAUAAACAAAAACAGUUUGUUGCAAAGUGUUUGCUGUAUGAACUUACGUCUCUCUUAAAAACUUCAGUGAGUUCUUCAAGAAGCAGAGAAGUACUGUAAAAUACUGGUGGUAAGAACAGUUUCCAAGGGGAACACCUUACAAAUCUCCUGGAAUGCUGGAUUUUGUAACACAAACUGGUAAUUCAAUUCUUGUAAAUAACCAAACACAUCAACGGAAGGGAGAGGAGAUGAUGAAUAAUUCAUAAAAAUGAAAAAGAGCUAAAUUUAUCAGGUGAUUAAUUCUCAACAAAUAUUUAGACUAAUUUUAAUUUUAUGUUCAUGGGUAUGAAUUCAAACACAGUAAAUCCAGGAAGCUGCAACUAACGUUCCCAUAGUGAAAUUAACUCAGGAACGUUCAUAGAUUUAAACAGUAUGUUUUAGAUUAUAUACCACACGUAGGUAUUUAUACAGAUUUACAUAUGUCUUGAAAAUAACUGCGGUUAACAAGCUCUGACAAUCAUCAUUAUUUGUUAACCGUUUCACUACCAGGACUUGCUAUAAUUCCUAGCAGUGGCUCAGGCUACAAUCGGCAGAACAGGGGAACUGGAGGGAGCGCUGCUGUUUCCUUUCCCCGUGCACCAUCUAUGGGCUUCGUGGGCAAGAAGCUCCCUCCUGUGGAAAUGUAUGGUUUUGCAGAAGGACGCAGGUGACGCCAAUUUGCUUUUCUCACUGUGUAAUUCUAUUAAAUCCAGUCCUUUAACUCCUAAAUUCCCCUUAUGCAGACUGAGCAAAAGAAGCAGAAUCCUAUUUUAGUUUUUCCCUUUAAAUCACUUUGCUACCUUCGACAGAAGCAGCUGUUCUUGCAGCCACAGUCUUGCUUCUCACGCCAAACCACGCUCUUGCACUGGUGCUGUGUGUAGCCAAACACAGUGUGUGCUGAGACCAGCAGCCCCCCUGUUGUUUGCUGCUUUUCACCCCCAAACUCCAGCCUUGUGAUAUCCCUUAACAAGCCAAAGACAUCUUUAAAACAAAUGUGUCCAACUCACACUGAAUCCAAUAGAGCUGCUUUUACCUGCAGGGCUGAAUUUGGCUGUCAGUGUCCUUGUAGGUGAGCAAUGUCUGCUUGCAUAUGUUUUCUUAUAUACUGCAAGCAGAUAAUGGUAUUGUAGUUCUUGGUAGUCAGCACAUAAUGACUUGGUUGCUGUUUUCGUGUGUUAGUAUGCUUUCUUUUUCUUGGAGAAAAAAAAAAAUAAUACUUGCAUAUGUGUGUGUAUGAAUGCCCUCUUUAAACCCAAUGGCGGCCUCCAAUAUGACCCAGAAUUGCCUCAGCCUCUGAACAAAACAAAGCACGGAGGCUGGGACAGCUCUUGCUACCAAGGAGAACUUCCUUGGCAGCCUGCUUGGCCUUGCUCCUACAUUUCUGCUCAGUAUCCUGGCAGAAAUAUAGUGCCAAUGCCAGCACUUUUUCAACUAGAAACUCCCUACUUAUGUGAGGACAAGAAUUCAGGUUCACCAAAGAUGCAGUUUGGUGUGAUAUUACCAAAGAAAAGUUAACAUUAUUAAAAAUAAAUAAAUAAAUCUGUGGCUGUACAAACUUUCUUAAUAACAGCGAUGUAUUUCACGUUUUGGGAGUUCUUUACAAAACUCACAUUUCUCAGUUCCCCAAUGGUUCCAAAGCCCAAAGGAGAAUUCAGUAUUUCCCACAAGGACAAGUACAGUCUAAAUUAGAUGUGCGUCCUGAACAUCUAUACAGAAACAUGGUUGUUCUAGUGAAGACCUUAAUUCAGCCAAGUAACUAGUUUGCCACUUGCUAGCUGCCGUGUGUGAUACAUAGCUUUUGUGCUCAGUAGAUGGCAGCAACAGUUCAUUAAUAGAAUGGCUUUCGCAGAUCACAAGGUGUACUCAGGACGCUGGUCAAAGGUCAACACACUUUUAACCUCUUAUUUCUCCCUUAACUGGAGGAUUUUUUUCUUUGUUGCCUGAUAUAAAACCUUUGGCGCAAGAUGUUGGCUUGUCCUUAUCGCCUGCUUUUUAUAGCUGGAUUACAGGUGACAAAUGCCUCAUGAGGUAACAUGGGCAGGAGCCCAGUCUACCUCAAAGAGAGCAUUUCCUUUGGUCAGCCUCAAGGUGAGGCUCCAGCCUCCGGCACCUGGAGUAUCUCUCUAUCUUCCUUAGGUGGAGGAGGGAGAAGCUCCAAUUCCAGGGCACUCCCCACCUUCUGCAGAAACAAAGUGAUAUGUCUAAAGGAAGCUGCUUUGUGGUGUGGUCCCUGGAAGAAUGGGGAGUUUCUAUGGGUAAAAUACCUUUGUCCCUGUGUCAUAUCAUCAUGGUGCACUGCAGUGUGCUGUCCUGGGGCAGAGGAGUGGAAAGCCCCAGUACUGCCAUAACCCCAGAUGAUAACAGUACCUGGGAAGAGAGUGGCAACACAGCAUCUCUGUAAGUUCUGAGAUCUUCUGGUUAUCUAAUAUAUUGGGGAUAUGAAAGUACGUCUCUUUGAACACUUUGUGCAAUUAAAAAAAAAAAUCUUAUUAAUUUUUUUGUUCUAUAAUUAGACAAAUGUUGGAAUGAUCUCAACUCAGUGUUUUCUAAGGGAGGUAAGUGGUUCCUGUAUUGAGAGAUAGAAAAAAAAAAAAAGCAAUUUCAUGAAUAUUACUUUAAUUCAAAGAGCAGCUACAGGUUUUUAACUGUACUUUUUGUUCCUGAAAAGUGGAACCCUUGGUGGGGGCAGGGGGAGCUGCAGCUUUAGAUCCUUAGGAAAAGUUACUCCAUAUUUUGUGACAGGAGAUUUGUUAUUUUUUCUGGAAUGCAAGAUGUUUUGUUAAACUCAGUCUCUCUUAGGAAUAGCAUCCUCAAAGCCAAAUCACUCCCAUUAGCAAUUGCCAUGAGACUGACUUGUUUAUUUAUCAGCAGUUAAUUCCUUCACUCCUCUCACAUGAAGCUAAGAAAUCAGUUUGCUAAAGAGAUGAAUACGUAUUUUUUGGAGUGAGGCAGCCCAGGCAAGAUACCACUUCCUGCUUUCUUUUCCAUAUUUGUUAAUGUUCUUUUAUUAGCACAGUACUAACCUUUCACAAAACAAAGAUCAGAUGGGCAGGCUGAUGCAUGCCUAGUGAUUGUGUCCCAGAGUACAUCAAUUCCUUUAACUUAAAGGACAGGAAAUUUUUGGCAUUGUGAAAAGAGGUCUGUAGGUGAUUUCCUGAUUGUGCAUCUCCAGAAUUGCUACUGAAAAUUAAUCUACAUUCACAAUUAGGUCUUGCAUUCCAUUCUCUUGCGAAAAUGAUAGCAGAGACCUCUCAUCCCCAUUAUUUUCUGUUUUCUUCUGGCAAAGGAUUAGUAUUUCUGUAGGAAUCAGAGUCCUGUCCUUAUGUACCCUGAUAGCCUCGAAGUCUACUUGAAAGCCACAGACUUGCGUUGAACAAGCCAUGUCAACAGGAUGUGUUAGCUCAGUGUGUACUUCAGGGGCUUUCUUACUGUGUGACAACCACACGAGGUAAGUGCUCUACUUGCAGUGCAGUUGUUUUGUAUAAAAAGAAAAAGACCUGAGCUGCCAUUGGUUGUCAUUGCUCUAUAUAGAAAUACUUCCUGGCCAGAAGUUGCUGGAUACCAACAAGCAGUGUGAGGGAGUAACCGGGAUAAUUCAGGACAAAAAUGUAAGAGAGACCAGAAAAAAACUGGGCACGGGAAAGGGAAUGCAGGGAACAGUGCCUGUGUAAACAGGCAGGGUGUGUCUUCUGGUAUGCUUUUUUCCUAACAGUGGAGAACCUGGGGCUGACGCUGACAUGAAGCAUGCCAGUAAAUGUAACACCUGAAGAAAGAGUACACAUGCGAGUCACAAAAGCUUUUGUAAGCUAAAAUUGUUUGCUUUAGCUGCAGGAAGCAGAACUGUGGCACACAGCCAUUUUGCCCUGAUUUUUUCUGUGUUUUUCAACAGAAAAGUCAUCUCCUCUAACAGUUGUGUGCAUGUGAUUCCUGCACUGAAACUGGCUGGGAUGCUGUCAGGAUAAGAAGAUGCAGUUACAUGGCUAGGAGAAAGUAUCAGCAUACAUGAGACUUGACCCCACAGUGACCUGCUUGCACAAGCAGCCUCAGAUUUCUCUGAAGCCUUUAGGUCGAUUGUUCAGUCUGCCCUUGUUGGAACUGGGUUUGGCGCGUUUUAGGAACAAUGUGUUUAGUUUGAGCUGUCACCACCCUGGUUAGCAUUGUCCUGAUGUUAUGAAAGGUGGAAUGACUGGGAAGCCAGGGGAGCACCUGACCAAGAUGAAUCAUUGUGGAAAGAUAGUGUAACUUCCAGGAAAGACAGAAGCCAUCACAGAACAGAGCAGGCAGGGAGCAGAGGAGGACACCGUGAGAAAGAAAUAAUUAUGGCAAAAGUAAAAGAAUGCUCUCAACUACUUGUUCAGUCUAAUUGUAUCCUUACAAAUAUGAGCUCAGUGGAAAAAAUAUGGCAGAGAUUCAUUACAGGACAUCUGCUUGGUGAAGUCAUUUUUCUAGUGCACUGCUGGUCUGUUCAAGCCGUAAUACUCUGUUCUUUUGUCCUUAAGAAAUAUCACUGAAAGAAGAUGAUGAAGAAAGAAAAAAUGUUUUAAGAAAAUCAUUGAUAACUCGCAGCUUGAUUAUACUCAACAAUUGAAUCAGAAACUGGAUGGCAAAUACAAUUUAUAAUACCAUGUGUUGGCCAAGUCCAUCAGAAAUGAUUGAUGUCUCAUCAUCACGGUUGGGUACCACAGGAUCCAACAAGGUGCCAGACUUUAGGAGGACCGGAGGCUGAACUGGCUGUGAGUAGGUUUCUUCCAGAAAAACGUCUGAGAGAAAAAGGAAGGGAUGUGCUGCUGUUCUCCUGGACGGGACAAAGAUAUCCUCAUGUAGGAAACGACGUUCAUCCCUAUCUCAAACAGACACGUUUGUUGGAAUAGAGUAUUUAAAUCUGUGCAUGCAUGGCAAGCCUUUGGGCCCCAGACUACAGCUGCUCUUAUCUGACAGACCACCAGCAGCUCCCUGGUUCUCUUUUUUGAGCUUCCCUCUUCUCCGUCACCAAUGGGCUGCUCAUGGAUUAAGGAUGGUGAGCGGCUCCCCAGGGCCUACAUGGAAAGCACAGUAAUUUGGGACAGCUUUAAAAAUUAUAGGAAACUUUCCAGUACUCUCAACCUGCUCAGACUUAAGAACAGCAUUUCUCCAAGCAGCGUGGAUCCUCUGUGCUGUCUGUAUUUCUCCAACUGGGACCAUCAUACCAAACGGUUACAAGCAGAUCCAGCAGUGAUCCACAGCAAUGCAAG